AUGAUUUUUCCCCUGGAGAAGGUGCAACAUCAGAAGGUACAAGAUAAACCUUAACCAGCUCUUUGCAUGGUGCUGAAUGGCUUCUCUCCUUCGAGGGGCCGACCUACCCAGAGCUUUGCUGCAGCCUACAGGGAGAGCUGAUUCCAUGUGGCAACUCGUUGAUGCAGUCGGUGAACUCUGCGUAGUUUCAUCCUGUCUUUAAUACCUGGCCCGGGCAGUCCAAGGAGAGAGAAGCAGGCCCAAGGAGGACAGCGCCAAUCAGAAGGUGUUUCCAGCUAUUCGGCGAGUGGAUGAGGCCCCUGCUACAGGGACAUUGAGAGUGGAGCUGAAAAAAAUACUGGCGUGAAUAGGUAAUGGGGACCUCCAACUACUCUGACGACUACUACGAUUAUACUGUUUAUGAUGAUUUUUCCACGGUUCAUGUUAAGCAAGAGCCAUCGCACGAUGCCAAAGACAUUGCUAGAAUCCUCUCUGUUGUAGUCUACAGCCUCACCUGCCUCCUGGGAAUUCUGGGGAACGGCCUAGUCAUCACGAUCAUCACUUUCAAGAUGAAAAAGUCCAUCAAUGCCAUUUGGUUUCUCAACCUGGCUGUUGCCGACUUUCUUUUCAACGUCUUCCUGCCGCUGAAUAUCGCGUACACCGCCAUGAACUACCACUGGGUCUUUGGGGCGGCCAUGUGCAAGUUAAACUCUUUCCUCCUCAACCUAAACUUGUACAGCAGCGUGCUGCUGCUGACGACGAUCAGCUUAGACCGUUGUGUGUCCGUCGUCCUCCCAGUCUGGGCCCAAAACCAUCGAACCACUACGCUGGCAUGUUUGAUUUGCAUCGUCGACUGGGUGCUUGGUGUGGCAAUGAGUUCCCCGUCUCUCGUUUUCCGGGACACUGCAACUCACGAAGGCAAUGUGAUCUGUUUUAGUAACUACGCCUUGUCGGGGAAUAAGUCUGACCAUCCUCUGGGCAUGAUGAGACACCAGACUGUAAACAUCGUCAGGUUUCUGAUAGGGUUUGUCAUUCCCAUCACCAUCAUCACAGUCUGUUACCUGAUCAUCAUCGUCAAGCUGAAACGAAACCGGCUCGCCAAAUCCAAAAAGCCCUUCAAGAUCAUUGUCGCCAUUAUUGUGACCUUCUUCCUGUGCUGGGCCCCCUACCAUGUCCUGCACAUCCUGGAAACGCAGCAUGACCAAGUCUCCCAUGUGGUAUUCAAGACUGGGAUUCCCAUCACCACGGCUCUGGCUGCGGCUAGCAGCUGCAUGAAUCCCAUCCUUUAUGUCUUCAUGGGCCAGGACUUUAAAAAGUUUAAGGUGACCGUCCUCUCCAGACUAGUGAACGCACUAAGUGAAGACACAACCCACUCGACUCUCGCUCAGAGGAGCUUCUCUAAGAUGUCCUCAAUGACUGAAAAGGAUACCACCCUUCUCUGAGCUCUACCUUUGGUACCUCAGGGGCUCACCCAGGAUAAGGUCCAUCAGCUUUUAUUUGGAAGCAAAAGAUAAUUGCACUGAGAUCUAUGAACGUUCUCUAGUGCUUUCAAAAUAUGGUUGAAGAACACUUUCCAAGUGUUCCAAGCAGUGCCUGGGUUUUCCUUAUCAAAUCUGUGCAUCUACCCACAUUAGUCAUGUCUGAUGACGGGUGCCAUGAAUCUUCACUAUAGAUUUUCUGACCCAGAUUGUUAAAGGGACAAACCAUAGCACGUUUUAUAUGCAGUCGCAAUACCAACGCUGGUAGCUCUUCAUGUACCUUUUGCUUGCACAUUUAGGGAUAGCUUAGUGGGGGGAGGGAUAACUUAGUGGUUUGAGCAUUGGCCUGCUAAACCCAGGGUUGUGAGU